AUGCCUCCCAAGGGGACCACCGACAAGCGCGUCGCUCGGAGAAACAGGCGCGUGGCGAGGGCCUGUGGAAGAUGCCGAGACCAAAAGAUCAGAUGCACGGGCUCCUAUCCGUGUGAUCAGUGUAGCAAGCGCAAUUAUGAUUGUCACUUUGACAGCAUGUCGGAAAGGGUUAUGGUGACACGAAGGCGAGUCAAGCAUAUGGUGAAGUGA